AUGGAAUAUUCCGGUGACAGAAGUAGCGGCGCCACCUCACCCAUGGCCAUUUCCACCGCCGUACCCUCAAGUUUCUCACACUCUCACUCACCCAAAACUUCUAAUAACUCCUCGUCAUCUCAGCUUAGCCCCACUAGUGUUCUGACUCAUCCUCCGCCGUCCACUCCUUCCUCGCCACCACAUCCGGUGGUUCUCAGCCCUUGCGCAGCCUGCAAGAUUCUCCGGCGGCGGUGCGUUGAGAAAUGCGUCUUGGCACCCUACUUCCCACCCACCGAGCCGCUCAAGUUCACCAUCGCCCAUCGAGUGUUCGGAGCUAGCAACAUCAUCAAGCUGUUGCAGGAACUUCCGGAGUCUCAACGAGUGGAUGCAGUUAGCAGUAUGGUGUAUGAAGCAAAUGCUAGACUUAGAGAUCCGGUUUAUGGGUGUGCAGGCGCAAUUUGCCAACUUCAAAAGCAAGUAAGUGAGCUCCAAGCAGAGUUGGCCAAGGCGCAAGCAGAGGUGCUUAACAUGCAAUGCCAACAAUCCAAUUUAUUAUCUCUAAUUUGCAUGGAGAUGGAUCAACAACACGUAUCACCAUCACCACCCCAACCACCGCAACAACAACAACCACUUUAUGACAAUCUAAACUUCUACUCUGAUGAUGCCAAUUUGGGCAGCGUGUUCGAGCUUUGGACAUGAACCUAAAGACCCCCCUUCAAGAGUUGAUGAACCAAGUUUGAAACUUGAACGGGCAAGAGAAUGA